CCAUGGCAGUGUCUGACACUCAAUCACCGCUGGUAUCCCGAUCAUUGGACAUGUUUUGCCAGGAACUUUUUUUUCUUUUUUUUUCCACUGUUCUUUUAUUUUUCAAUUUUUUUUAUUUUUAUUUUAUUUUUAAUCGUUCAACAUGGUUGCUCAACGUGAACCCAUUAUUAUUGAUACCGACCCUGGCAUUGAUGAUGCGCUUGCUAUUUUCAUGGCUCUUCUUUCGCCCGAAGUCGAAGUUCGAGCAAUCACACUUACCCAUGGCAACACUUCUCUUGAGCACGUCAAGCGCAAUGCUGUCACUUUAAUGCACGUUUUCGCCGAGCAUCAAAAGCAUCUUGGCAUCGAAGUUCCCAUUGACUCGUUGCCCGUACUUGCUGCCGGUUGCGACCGUCCUUUGAAGGCCGAUCUCAUCUCCGCCACAUAUUUCCAUGGUGAAGAUGGCAUGGGUGAGGUCUAUUCCAAGAAUCUUCAUAAAGCGCCUUCGGAUUGGGAAAAUCAGUUAUUGCACAAGGCGGAGGAAAAGGUGGAUAAUGAAUACAAGGAUGGAGAACGUCCCGCAUUCAAAACGACCCCACGCGAUGCGGCCGACGAAAUUUUGCAUCAGCUCCGGGAAGCUCCACCGCUCACCAUCAGCAUUUUGGCGGUGGGUCCCUUGACGAACAUUGCUCUGGCGUAUCAGCGUGACCCUGUCGCUUUCGGUCGUGCGAAGCGCAUCGUUAUUAUGGGAGGUGCAGUAGAUGGUCCCGGCAACGUGACGCCCAUGGCAGAAUUCAAUUUCCGGGCAGAUGCUGAUGCGGCCGAUAUUGUCAUGUCAUCGACCCAAGGAUUCCAACAUACACCUGAAGGUUACCAGCAGCGUCUGGAUCUCAUUAGCCAAAACAAACCCGCUCCUGCUCACGUGGUCGUCGUGCCUUUGGAUGCCUCGGAUGAAGGUGCUGUGACAAAGCAGGAUUACGAGAAAUACAUUAUUCCCGUAGACAAGAAGACUCCUGUCGCUACUUUCUGCAAUGCCUUUUUGAUCUGGACCUUUGAAACAUGUUUCCGUUUGUAUAACCUCGAAUCUUUGGCCAUCUAUGACGCAUUUACUUUGUUGACUUUGAUCGAUAUGACCGCGGACAAGGGCGACGGCAAGAAUACCGAGACUUUGGAUAAGCACUGGAGCUACAAGCAUCUGGACAUGCAUGUGGAAACCAGCGGUAUUUACACGACCGGCAUGUGUGUAUACGAUCGUCGUUUGUGGGACGAAACCUCUUUUGACAAUGGUGUGAAUAACGUGCAAGUCAUCACGAAGGGCGAUGGUCGUCGUUUCAACCAAUACAUCUUGAACCGCGUUUUCGAUGCCAACAUUCAAUUGUAGAAAAGAAAUGUAUUUUAUUCUUGUAAAUUUUUAUUACUUCCAAUUGACUUCAAAUAAUAAUAGAGCCACUUGUGGC